AUGACGUCGAUCAAAGAAGACGAAAAGAAAGAAAUACCUGAAAUAAUUCACGAUCCUCAAACAAACAGCACUUAUCAGAGAUUGAGGUUCUUUGGAAAGGGUGGAUUUGCAAAAUGUUACGAGAUCCAGGAUAUCGCCACCAACCAGGUGUACGCUGGAAAAAUUGUAUCAAAAAAGCUUAUGGUAAAAUCAAGUCAAAAAGAAAAAAUGGCACAAGAAAUCUCUAUCCACCGUUCAUUGCAGCACAAUCAUGUGGUGGGCUUCCACAGUUUCUUUGAAGACUCGCUAAACAUUUAUAUUAUACUGGAGCUGUGCAAGAGAAGGUCAAUGAUGGAACUACACAAGCGUAGAAAAGCUAUCUCUGAACCAGAGACACGGUUUUACAUGCAUCAGAUUUUACUUGGAGUGCAAUAUCUUCACAGCAAACGCAUUAUUCACCGGGACCUCAAGUUGGGCAAUUUAUUCUUGGAUGAUGAUCUUCAUGUUAAGAUUGGAGAUUUUGGAUUAGCAGCUAGAAUAGAAUUUGAAGGAGAGAGAAAGCAGACUUUAUGUGGUACCCCAAACUACAUUGCACCUGAGAUACUGACAAAAAAGGGCCACUCUUUUGAAGUUGAUAUAUGGAGUUUGGGAUGCAUUAUGUACACACUGCUUGUGGGCAAGCCACCUUUUGAGACUUCCACACUUAAAGAUACUUAUAAGAGAAUUAAGCAGUGUGAAUACAGGAUCCCUUCAUCGCUUCGAAAGCCCGCGGCGUCAAUGAUUGUGCUGCAACUACAAUCGAAUCCCGCCCGAAGGCCGUCAGUAGACAAAUUGCUCCAACACGAGUUCUUCACCUCUGGCAUAAUGCCUGCCGCACUGCCCCUGUCCUGUCUCACGACCGCACCCAGAACUGAUCAGUUGGAGGGAGUCGCUAUACAGCGCCGGCCUCUUAACGAGGUCAACGGCAAUGAUCACAUGGUUAUGGCGGUGGACUCGCCUUUAAAACGCAAUGCGAUCGCUACAGAACCGCGAGCUGUUGAACCAGCUUCGCACAGACAGAAUCUCAUCUUACUGCGCGACCAGCUCGCGUCAUUACUGCAUAGUAAACUAAAAUGCCGUCCAGAAUGCUUGACCGAUGAACUGAGUGAUCCUGCGGCUCAGCCUUUGGUAUGGGUGGGGAAGUGGGUUGACUACAGCGACAAGUAUGGCUUCGGCUACCAGCUUUGUGAUGAGAGUGUUGGAGUCAUGUUCAACGAUACAACGAAGCUUAUAAUGCUUGCUAACGGACUGAAUGUCCACUAUAUUAAUCGACAAGGCCAAGAGCAGUAUAUGACAAUGCGCGAGUACCCACAAGAGCUUGACAAGAAAAUGAAGCUACUCACAUACUUCAGAAGAUACAUGACUGAGCAUCUUAUGAAAGCAGGAGCGUCGGUGCCAGUAAGAGAAAGUGAUGGCCUAUCGCGAUUACCACAUCUUCACCAGUGGUUCCGUACCACAUUAGCUGUAAUUAUGUACCUUACCAAUGGGACUCUACAGAUUAACUUCCAAGAUCAUACGAAGAUCAUUUUGUGCCCACUUAUGCAAGCCGUCACCUACAUCGACAUUGAAAAGAACUUCCGGACUUUCCGCUUUAGUACAAUUGAAGAGCACGGGUGCGACAAAAAGCUUUACACCAACCUAACCUACGCGCUAGAGAAACUCAACAGUGUGCUAGCCAACAAACUUUGCUAG